CGUGUCCCGGUAUCGCUAUGGCGCGGGACCCGGCCUUCGUGCUGCGUUACCUGGCCGAGGUGGAGGAGCUGGCCGAGGACGUGCUGGCGGCACGGCAGCAGAUCGUGGACCUGGAUGUGAAGCGGAACCGGAACCGCGAGGCCCUGCGGGCGCUGCAGAACGACCCGGAGCCCGACGAGAAGGCCAUGGUCUGCUUCGGGAACAUGUUCAUCGAGCUCCCGAAACCACAGACCAAGGAGAUGCUGCAGAAGGACCAGGAACAUCUGGAUGAGGAGAUAAACAACCUCCGGAAAGAGCUGCGCGUGAAGGUGAACCGCCUCUUCGAAGCUCAAGGUAAAGCUGAGCUGAAGGGAUUUAACCUGAACCCCAUGACCGCCGAGGAAAUGAAGCUAAUCAAUCGCAUCCUGGAGGGGUGAGGUGGCUGUGCCAUCAUCACGGCGUGUAUUCGGGCUGUCACCCGUGGAGCUCACGCUGCAAUAGUCGUAGCCUUUGGGGUUUGGAGGAGGACAUCAGCGUGCCCGGAGCCUGCCUCGGGUGAGGUCCCUGGCAGGCGCUGGGGAGGGUUUGGCUCCUCAGCUACGAUGCUGCAGUUUCCUUGGAUCACCAACCCUUUCCCGCUCCUUACUGCAGCCUGGGUGGCAGAGCUGCGCCCAGGCACGGGCUGGGACACAGCGCUGGGCAAAUGCCGGUGGCCGGGGAGGAAGUGUGGUUAUUAAAAUCAGAGCAGCGGGGCACUCCUAACUCCGUGUGUAUGUUCCUUGUUGGGUUUUUCUGUGAGCGCUUCUGGAGACUGGCUUCAGAGCUGGUUCAUUGUUGGUGUCGGGAACAGGAGUAGGAGGAAUUGGGAAUCCACGGCGUGCUCGAAGCACAGAAGAGGAGUUGUGCACGUCUGUGGUAUUAAAACAAAGCAAAGCUAUGCAUCUGAAGCACGACAGGAAUGUCUUUAAAGAUGUGUAGGGAGGGACAGGAGAAGGCAGCAUCCUUUUAGUCUCGCUGGGAAAACAUUUUCUACUGUUAAGUUGGAAGGCAAGAGACCGCAGAAACAAGUCUUUCAAAACUAGAUGAAGGGAUAAAAUGUAUGUAUAUUUAAAAAAGCAACCUGAAGAGGACAGAGCAGGGAUAGUCACUGAGUCUGUCUUGUAGUAAAAGGACAAUUGAUUUAACCAGCAAUAGUUUCUUCAAAGGUUUUAAAAUUUAUUGUCUUCUACACUUUAGUCUGAACUUGCU